GAGGACUACGGAGUACGAACUACGAAGUAUAAUACACAGUAUAAUAUACGGAGUGUAUAUUCCUGCAAUCCUUCUGCGCACUCCAUCUCCGCUCAACAUCUGGCCUCUCUGUCUCUCAAUCCUCGCGGUUGUUCAACGCGGCCAUUUCGAACGGAGUUUUUAAUAUGAUAUAUCUUCGCUGCUCAAUACUAAGAUGUGAGAUUUCACAUUCAUUUCGGAUCAUGGAUAGUUGAUACUACCAACCAGUCAAACAGCUAAGCCAACCCGCUUGCAGCCAACAAUCAAUUAUCAAACGAGGCCAAUGUCUACUCUCUCUUCUCCAAUGAGUUCGACUCUGUCAACAUCUCAAGGGAUAUUUCCUCCUCCUAUGUUUGGUGCAUAUGAAUCAGAGUCUGCUAGUGACACUGAUGUAGUUGAGUUGCAUUCUGUAAUAUGGAACCAAGACUACAGUUGCUUUGCUGCUGGUACAAGCUGUGGUUUUCGCAUAUAUAACUGUGAUCCUUUCAAGGAGACUUUUAGACGUGAUCUCAAAAGUGGAGGGUUUGGGAUUGUCGAAAUGCUAUUCAGGUGCAAUAUUUUAGCCCUUGUUGGUGCUAAGGACAAUACUCAAUACCCACCAAACAAAGUUAUUAUUUGGGAUGAUCAUCAAAGCAGCAGGUGCAUUGGCGAGUUUUCUUUUAGAUCCGAGGUUCGUGCUGUGAAGCUAAGACGUGACCGCAUUGUUGUCGUGCUUGAAUACAAGAUAUAUGUAUACAAUUUUAUGGAUCUAAAGCUUCUUCAUCAGAUAGAGACUUGCCCAAACCCCAGGGGACUUUGUUGCUUGUCACACAACUCAAACACAUCUGUUUUGGCUUGUCCGGGCCUUAGGAAAGGACAAGUACGGGUUGAGCAUUUUGGAUUGAACGUGACAAAAUUAAUCAAGGCUCAUGAUUCUCAAAUAGCUUGCCUAACCUUGACAAUGGAUGGGCUUCUUCUUGCCACGGCUAGCACAAAGGGAACUUUGGUAAGAAUUUUCAAUACAAUGGACGGAACUCGUCUGCAAGAGGUUCGAAGAGGCGUAGACAAAGCCGAUAUCUACAGUAUAGCACUAUCACCUAAUGUUCAGUGGUUAGCCGUGUCUAGUGAUAAAGGCACCAUUCAUGUAUACAGCCUAAGGGUGCGAAUUAUUGGGGAGGAUGUUGCAACUGAUACCAGUGCUGCUUUUGGAAAUCAAGCUCAGCUGUAUCAUCAGCAUUCAUCAACUGCUCUUGAUGCUCUUAUUUCUCCAAGCAUGGGCGCCAACCCGGGAUCAUCAUUAUCUUUCAUGAAAGGAGUUCUACCGAAGUACUUUAGCUCGGAGUGGUCAUUUGCUCGGUUCCACUUGCCAGAGUGUACCCAAUUUAUUGCUGCUUUUGGAUCUCAGGAUACAGUUAUUGCCGUUGGGAUCGAUGGGAGUUUUUACAGGUGUAGUUUUGACCCUGUGAAUGGAGGUGAAAUGGUGCAGCAGGAACAUGUUUGCUUUCUGAAAACGAAUAGUAGUGCUGUUGCCAAGUAGACCCAAGUUUAUUUCAAUUUUUGUUCUCUUCCUCUUGUAAAUAUGCCAUUGGUUUAUUAUUUGGAUGUAAGUAAGAAAAAUAAUUCAGAUGCCAUUCAGCUGAUGAUGAUAGAUGUUAAUAAUUAUAGUAAUCUUCUCAAUGCACAUAAUUUCCAUCAGUUUGUAGAAGACCCGAAUGCUAAAAAAUGAUACAAUAAAUAUUACUACGUACCAAUUUUGUGGUCAUUCGUUUUCAUUCAUUGUUGCAAUUGGUAAGUUGUAAGGGAUGAAUAUCACAUGUAAUAAUAUAUAUGGGGC